ACAAAAUAAACUCGCAGAGUCAUUGUUGUGAAAACUACUGUUCAAAUUAUUAUAUUGUUGGUGUUUUUCAUUUAAUUUUAUCAAGCAUCGAUCACUAAUUAUAAAUUUUAAUCGAUCAGUAAUAAAUUUCUAAAAGCUACCAAGUGCGUGAGUUAAAAUGUCAGUAAAACAAGUAAUGGAGUCUUCUACUACAAUUACUUCUGAUGAGUGUAUCUAUACGUGGAAAAUCAAGAACUAUCGCUUACUAAAAUCAAAAGUUGGAGAAAAAAUAGAAUCUCCCCAAUUCGGCGUUGGGAGUGAUAAUAAAAAAUACUUCAAUCUCGAAUUAUACCCUGCAGGAGUAAAUAAAGAAUAUGCAGGAUACUUAUCGUUAUUUCUUAAACCCGUAAUUAAUUCAAUAAACAUACCAGAUAAGCUCGUAUGUAAAUACACAUUAUCAGCUAUUAAUGAUAAAAAAGUUGUUCAAAAAGUGCCAGAUCAUCACGACUUUGCAACUACUGGCUUCGUAGGCCGUGGUCGGGUACAAUUUUUUGAACUGAAAGAUAUUGACGAAUUAAUUUCUUUGGAAAAUACUGUAACUAUUCAAUGCGAAUUAGAAAUUUUCAAGGAUUAUGAAUCUUCAUUAGAUUCCGAAAUCAUCUACAGUAAAGAUGUGACAAUGGACAGAAUGAAAUUCGAUUUUUCUUUUCUUUGUGAAAAACUCAGUGAUGUUAAAUUGAUAGUUGAAGAACAAGAAAUCCCCGCGCACAAAAUUGUAUUGUCAGCAGCCAGCCCAGUAUUUAAGGCCAUGUUUACACAUGACAUGCUAGAAAACCAGAGCAAUACAGUUGAGAUAGCUGACAUUCCUCAUACUAAUCUCACUGAAAUGCUGCGAUACAUUUACACAGGGGAAAUUGAAAUCAAAGAGGCAGGUAGUAUUAUUGAACUUUUAGAAGUUGCCGACAAAUAUCAAGUUGAUUGUUUGAAAACAAAAUGUGCAAAAAUUUUGGGUACUGAUUUGUCCACUGAAAAUGCGAUUGACAUUUUAGUAGCUGCCCAUAAAUACAAAGUAAAGAAUUUGGAAGAUGAAGCAAUAAAGUUUAUCACAACUCACAUAGAAUCACUCUCCAAUUCCGAAGAUAUAAAGGAAAUAGAUGAUCCUGAUCUAUGGGCAAAUUUAAUGCAAUCAGUAGUUAAGUCUCAAAAAAAUCAACGAAUAGAGGCUUCGACUAAAGUUACUUCGGAUAAAUGCAUUUACACGUGGACGAUUGAGAAUUAUCACUUAAUAAAAUUAAAUGUUGGAGAAAAAAUAGAAUCUCCGCAAUUUGGCGUUGGCAGUGAUGAUAAAAAAUACUUCCUUUUGCGAUUAUACCCUGCAGGCAGGGAUGCAGAAUCUGCAGAAUACAUUUCGUUAUUUCUUGCACCUGUAAUUGAUUCAACAAACAAACCAGAUAAGCUCGUAUGUAGAUGGACACUGUCAGCGAUUAAUGAUAAAGAAGUAGUUCAAAAAGAUACAACGCAUUACGAUUUUGCGAGUGAUAAAGACUUACGUGGAUAUGGUUCGUCUAAAUUUUAUAAAUUAAAAAAUAUUGACAAAUUAAUUUCCUCCGAGAAUACUGUUACUAUUCAAUGUGAAUUAGAAGUUGUCAAGGAAUUCGAAUCCUCAUUGAAAUUAUACAAUAUCAACAUUGCAAAUCAGAUAAAUAAUAAAAUAAGCUUAGACUCAUUGUUUCUUAACCAAGAAUUCAGCGAUGUUAAAUUAAUUACUUCUGAUGAAAAUGACAUUCCAGCCCAUAAAAACAUACUUGCUCUAGCUAGUCCAGUAUUUAGGGCUAUGUUUACACAUGAUAUGUUAGAAAACAAAAGCCAUUUUGUUGAAAUAACUGACACUCCUUACAAUGUUCUGGUUGAAAUGUUGCGGUUUAUCUACACGGGUGACAUUGUAAGUACCAAGGUGGAUAUAGUUCUUGAAAUUUUAGCAGUGGCUGACAAGUAUCAAGUUGAUAGUUUGAAAAUCAAAUGUGGAAAAGUAUUAUGUGAUGCAUUGACAACUGAUAAUGCAGUCAAGAUUUUAAUGGCUGCCCAUAAACACCAAGCAAAGUAUUUGGAAGAUGAAGCAAUAAAGUUUAUUACAACUCAAACCCAAUUACUCUCCAAUUCUGAAAAGAUGAAGAAAAUAGAUGAUCCUGAUAUAUGGGUGAAUUUAACGCAAUCAAUAUUAAAAUCUCAAAAGAAUUCAUCUUAGUUUAUCAUUAUGUCUAAGAGAAGUUUUUACUGGAGUUACUUAGUUUUACUAUUUUUGCAUUAUAACCAUUUUACAAUAUCUCUUUUUGAAUCGUUGAAGAAGACUUCAAUUUUUGUUUCCAAGUAGACUAAAAAUAUUUACUAUGCUAUUGUUGUAAACCCAUUUGAGGUAUAGCGAAGAUCUUUUUGUAA